AUGGAUACUGUAACAGCUGAUCACCAGGCACCUCAUCCUUGGACACUACUCAGUGCUGAUUAUGUCUUUCUGGUGAAUGGACAGCAUCAUGAACUCCAACAACAGAGAAAUGGAAUUGGCUUUUUAAUUCACCGAGAUCUAGCUGCUCGAAACGUGCUUCUGGCAGAAGACAAUGUCGUCAAAAUUUGUGACUUUGGUCUAGCUAAAGAUUGUUAUAAAUAUUCGAAUUAUGUCAAGAAAGGAGAUGGACCAUUACCAAUUAAGUGGAUGGCAAUUGAAUCUAUUCGGGAUAAAGUAUUCACCUGCAAGAGUGACGUUUGGUCGUUUGGCAUAUUGCUGUGGGAAUUCUUCACGCUGGGCGGAAAUCCCUAUCCGGGGAUCGAUAUUGACGAAGAGUUUUACAAGCGACUGAAAAAUGGAUACAGAAUGGAAAAACCUGACUACGCUCCCAGCAGUGUCUAUGACGUCAUGCUGAGCUGCUGGAGGACGGAGCCCGAGCGACGACCGGACUUCACGGAACUGUCGGAAAAAAUCGGAUCACUGUUAGAAGCCAGUGUCAGAAAGUAUUAUGUGGAAUUGAAUGCGCCGUACACGGUCAUGAACCGGGAAGCCACCAACAACAAUGACUAUUUACAGAUGGCCGAAAAUGGAAAUGCUCUCUACGUCAACCUGGGAGACUCGACCCACUAUGACGAUGUGGGAGCCAUCCGACCGGUGGGAGACGGUCCGGUGCCGGCCGUGCCCAUGGAAGUGGUGCCCAUGAUACAGCUGGAAGACUCUCCCCUCCACCCACCUGUUGCACCUUCCGAUUACCUGCGCAUGGAUUCGCCUGGACACCCGCCUUCCACAGACUUCUUCCGCUUUCCAGACUCGGACCGGAUGGCCACGUUUGCCUCCUCUGCUGUUUUUACCUAAGCCUGGAAUGUCCUUUUACCAUAUGGUUCUCAGAAAGAUAAAGCUUCCUAGGCCAGAAAAGAACUGCUCGGCGGACUGCAGAUUUAAGGGUUUGGCCCGUGCGGGUAAAUUGUACAAACAGUGCAAUUAAUUGUCACCACCAUUCCUUGGCAAAGAAUGGCGACAGUCAACAUCACAAAGUCCAUUAUGCCGUCACCUUGUAAAGCAGUGGUUCCCAAAUUUUUACAGCCACUGCCCCUCGGUUUCUUUAAACUUAUACCCAGUGCCUCCUAACCCAUUUUCUUGACUUUAACCCCCACCUAGAGUCACCGUUCAGUACCCUCACUCCAGCGUCCCCUCGAUUUACUCACCACCCAAGGUGGGGCAGUAGCUCCCAGUUUGGGAACCACUGUUGUAAAGUAUUUGACCUGAAAGAUCCAUACCUGUAGCAAUGACGUCGGAUCAAUAAAAGUUUCCCUCUCAUCUCCUUGAAAA